UACAAGAAAUAAGAUAUUUUACAUCAUUCCCAAACCCGAGUGACGUCACGCAUGUAAACAGACCCAGUUUGAAAGUUGCAAGCGAGCCAAACGUCACCAAUUUUGCUGUUUUAAAAACAUGGCCAGCAGUGAUUCUGACGAUGAUGUGCCUACGGAGUUUGAAGAAGCUCUGUAUCGGAUUACGGCAAGGGAAAUGAUGGGACUGACGGCUAUUCUAGCAGACAUUGAAGAACUCAAGGGCCAAAUGAUAAAAGUCAGAGCAGACAGCAUUUAUGCUGAAAAAGAGAUACAAGCUGUUCACAAUGAUGCUAAUACAAAAGAACAGCUGCUGACAGGCAAGGAAGAAAGGACCAGGGUCACAGUGGAAACCGAUGAGCUCCACAGUGCACUCGUGAACCACAGAAUAGUUCGUGAUCUAUACCAAAAGAGUGUAUUUAACACCCAGAUACAACAGGCUGUACAUGCUAGUGUGAAAAAGAUAGAUACUGAUGAGUUGGUUGAAAAUUUUCCUGAGAAAGGACAGAUGUUGGCACACUACAGUUCCAAUUUAAACACCAGCAAAGAUAUAGCUAAAAUUAUGGAUGAAAAUGACAAACUGGAGGAGGAAAUCUUGGAACAACGGUUAAAAUACCGCCAGCUUUUGAAAGGCAUCAAAGAAAAAUGGGAAACGCUAGAUGAGAACAAGUCUAAAGCUGAUGCAGAUGUGCCAAGUCACUAUGAUGAAUUGCAGAAAAAAGUACAGGAGAGAACAUCAAAGAUGAAUAUCCUUGUGCACAUGAUCCAAGGUUUGAUAAGCAUUAGUGGUUUCCAGUGGGGCAGUGAGGACUUCUAUGUUCAGGUUAUGAUGCUGUGCGAUAUAGCCCUCAGAUUUGGUGACUAUAGUGAGGCACAGAAAGUACUCGCAGAAGUGGUGACCCUAAAAGAAGAAAAAAAGAAACAAGAAGCAAGGAAAAAGAAAAAAACUCAUUUUUUACAAGUACCCCAGCUGCAAAAAGAACCAGAUGCCCACUUGUCCCCAACCUGGCCAUCCCCGACUAACUGCUCCAAAAUCACCACAUGUCCCAAACUGUGGGGCCCCCAUAAUGUUUUAAGGGCUGCCCCACCUAAAAUUGAGUUGAGUAGAACACCAAUCCCACACCUCCCCCAUAUCAGACCUCUUGGUCCUAUCCCACCCUCUAGUGCUUCCCCUAAAAAAUCUCCAAAAUGUACUAAAUCUAUAUCACAAAACACGAGUUUCGUCAGAAUUCAGUGA